UCUCACGGGGAUUUAACCGGAAGCAGUAUGGUGUUAGACACUGUGACGCCAGCAAACACCCGGACACCGGAGUCACAGACAAGCAACAGCCGUGCGUCCCUGUCUUUGUCCAGAUUGAGCUGCUGAAGCCGAAAGAUGUCUUUGUAUGGACUGAACCUGGUCAACAGCCACCUGGACUCGAACCCACCCAGCGUCAGUCUGGUAGUCUUGGAGCAGAGUGUGUGAUGCUCUCCAAGGCGUUCUUCAUCAAACACGCCAGCGACUCUCUGAGGAAGAGAUUUGCCGAGAUCAUCCAGCCAUACCCUGAUGAGGAGACAUUACAGGACAGCCUCCAGACGAAGGUCAACUGGGAACUCUACAAACGUUCUCUAAUACUUCAAGUAGCCGCCCACAGACAGGCUGUCAUCCCUAGACCGCCUAUAAUGACAUACAUGCCAUAG